CGUUGGGGUGCGGCCGUUUGGAGCGCGUUUUGUGCUGCCCCCGGUCCGUGUGUGGCGUGGGGCUGCUUCUGCGGUGCAGUCCGGACGGCGGCCAUCGCUACUUGGAUUAAAGGCUGCUGGCUGGCACGGCCAUGGAGUCGCGGCGGCCGCGGCCGCGCUCGCCACCGGGUCGCGGCGGGAGGGAGAACAAGGGGAUCCGCAGGAAGGGCCCGCCGGCAGCCGGCGGAUCUGAGGAGGCCGCGGACGGCAGGAAGCCUAAAUUCCAUUUAAAUAUCAAGACAUUGACAGAUGAUGUGCUGGACAGAUUUGCCAGUAUAAGAAUUCCAGGAAGCAAAAAGGAAAGACCUCCUCUGCCACAUAUGAAGCAGUCACACUCUACAGAUGGGUCAUCUACACCUACUGAUGUGGAAGAUUUUGUUCCAAAACCCCUGUCAGAAAGAGAAAUCAUAGCACUGUUCGAAAAAAUGAUGGAAGAUAUGAAUUUAAAUGAAGACAAGAAGAUGCCAUUGAGAGAAAAGGAUUUUAAUACCAAAAAAGAAAUGGUGAUGCAAUACAUUAGCACUGCUUCAAAGUCUGGAAGUCUCAAGAACAGUCGAAAGAUUUCACCACAAGAAUUUAUUCAGGAAUUAAAAUCUGGAUCAACAGAUGAAAGACUAGUGACUUGCUUAGAAUCACUUCGUGUGUCCUUGACUAGUAAUCCUGUCAGCUGGGUAGAAAACUUUGGACGAGAAGGUCUGGGUCUUCUGUUGGAUGUUUUGGAAAGACUGGUUGAGACAAAACACCAGGACAAAGCUGUGAAGAGAAGCCAGCAUAAGGUUAUACAGUGUUUGAGAGCCUUCAUGAAUAAUAAGUAUGGAUUGGAAAGAAUUCUGGGAGAAGAGAGAAGCCUUUUGUUGCUGAUCAAAGCAAUUGAUCCCAAGCAAACUAAUAUGAUGACGGACAUAGUCAAACUCCUUUCUGCAAUGUGCAUUGUUGGAGAAGAAAGCAUCCUUGAAAAAAUUUUGGAAGCUAUAACAGCAGCAGCAGAGGAAAGAAAUGUUGAUAGAUUUUCUCCUAUCGUAGAAGGACUUCAGGAUAACUCAGUUCAGCUGCAAGUAGCUUGCAUGCAACUCAUCAAUGCUCUUGUUACAUCUCCUGAAGAUUUGGAUUUUAGGCUUCACAUCAGAAAUGAAUUUAUCCGCAGUGGAUUGAAAGAGAUACUACCACAAUUGAAAUGUAUUAAAAAUGAAGCACUAGAUAUUCAGCUGAAGGUAUUCAAUGAGCAUAAGGAAGAAGACAUGAUUGAAUUCUCUCAUCGUUUAGAAGAUAUUAGAUCUGAACUAGAUGAAGUAAAUGAUGUUUACAACAUGGUAUGGAAUACAGUUAAGGACACUAGUGCUGAAGGAUAUUUUCUUUCUAUUCUCCAACAUCUUUUGCUAAUAAGAAAUGAUUAUUUUAUACGUCCACAGUAUUUCAAAUUAAUUGAAGAGUGCGUGUCCCAGAUAGUGUUACAUCGAAAUGGAACAGACCCAGAUUUCACUUAUCGUAAAAGACUAGAUAUAAAUUUCAGCCACUUAGUAGAUAUUUGUGUAGAUAAAGCAAGAUUAGAAGAAUGUGAAGAGCGGGCUUCUGAACUUUCCAGAAAGUUUGAGAAAGAUUUUGUAGCUCAUCAAGAGACCCAGGCCCUACUGCAAAAAAAAGAAGAAAGAAUCAAUGCACUUGAAGCAGAAUUACAAGCGUUUAAAUCUCAGUAUGGCUCAUUGCCACCUGGAUUUCUACCAUCAACAUGUGGAGAUGCAUCUGUCAUUCCAGUGGAAGCUGCAGAACCACGUCAGAUGCCUCCUCCUCCUCCACCACUGCCUUCUAAUGGAGCAAUCCCACCACCACCACCGCCUCCCCCUCCUCCUCCACUACUUUUGAAUGGCUUGGGAUUUGCUGCAGGAAUUGGUGCUCCUCCACCACCACCACCUCCACCAGGCCUGCCUGGGGCACAGUGGUCUCCACCUUCGUGUACUCUGCCAUUUGGACUGAAGCCUAAAAAAGAAUUUAGACCAGAGGUUACCAUGAAAAGGCUUAACUGGUCUAAGAUCAGGCCUCAGGAAAUGACAGAGUCCUGUUUUUGGGUUAAAGCAGAAGAGGACAAGUAUGAGAAUGCUGACAUGCUUUGUAAACUGGAACUUACGUUUUGUUGUCAGAAGAGGGUAAAAAAAGAUGAGGAAGAUUUUGAAGAAAAGAAAUCCAUUAAGAAACGAAUCAAAGAACUAAAAGUUUUGGACCCCAAAAUUGCACAGAAUCUGUCAAUUUUUCUUGGAUCUUUCCGAGUGCCUUACGAGGAAAUUAAAAUGAUGAUAUUGCAAGUAGAUGAAACGCUGCUCUCAGAGUCCAUGAUUCAGAAUUUAAUAAAACAUCUUCCAGAGCAAGAACAACUGAAUGCAUUGUCAAAGUUCAAGAAUGAGUACAAUAAUUUGUCUGAGCCAGAGCAGUUUGGAGUUGUGAUGAGCAACGUGAAGAGACUACGGCCACGGCUCACUGCUAUUCUUUUUAAGCUUCAGUUUGAGGAGCAGGUGAACAACAUCAAACCUGACAUCAUGGCUGUCAGUGCUGCUUGUGAAGAGAUAAAAAAGAGUAAAAGCUUCAGCAAGCUGCUGGAACUAGUACUGUUAAUGGGAAACUACAUGAAUGCGGGUUCUCGGAAUGCACAGACCUUUGGAUAUAAUCUCAGCUCUCUCUGUAAACUGAAAGACACGAAGUCAGCAGAUCAAAAAACAACACUGCUCCAUUUUCUUGUAGAAGUGUGUGAAGAAAACUAUCAAGAUGUCCUGAAUUUUGUUGAGGAUUUUCAGCAUUUGGAUAAAGCUAGUAAAGUCUCGGCAGAAAACCUGGAGAAGAGCCUGAAGCAUAUGGAAAAGCAACUCCAACAGCUUGAGAAGGAUUUGCAGACUUUUCCAGUUGCUGAAGAUAAGCAUGAUAAGUUCGUAGCAAAAAUGUCCAGCUUUCUAGUUCAUGCCAAGGAAGAUUUUCAGAAACUUUCACGGAUGCAUGAGAACAUGGAAAAACUGUAUCAGAACGUGAUGGGGUAUUUUGCAAUCGAUCUGAAGAAAGUUUCAGUGGAGGAGUUUUUAACCGACUUAAACAACUUCAGGAUGAUGUUCAUGCAAGCAAUAAAGGAGAAUAUAAGAAGGAGAGAAGCAGAAGAAAAACAGAGACGUGCUAAAAUAGCUAAGGAGAAAGCAGAAAAAGAAAAACAAGAGAGGCAACAAAAGAAAAAGCGUUUGUUAGAAAUGAAAACAGAAGGGGAGGAGACUGGAGUGAUGGAUAGUCUGUUGGAGGCCCUGCAGUCAGGUGCAGCUUUUCGAGAUCGAAGGAAAAGAACACCAAGGCCUAAAGAAAUACCACAAAAUCUCAGUCCAACCACACAGAGGCCUGUGCUGAAAGCCUGUAACCAUGAGAACCAGAAAGCACAACUAGAGAAGUCAUGUUCACACCACAAUAUCAGCUUAAACUCGACAAGAAGCCCAGUCACCAAAGAGGCCACUUAUGAUGUGGAAACAAGUUCUAUGGCAUGGAACAAGGCUGCUGGCAGAAAGGAAGCCUGUAACAGAGAAGGCAACAAAGAAAGGAAAACAGAACUUAAUGGGUCCCCUUCUAAGGGAGAAACCAUUCCAGAGGUAGAAGCUCUCCUGGCAAGGCUGCGAGCACUAUAGAAUGUAAAGGAUUAAAUCAAAGCUUUAAAACAAACUAUAAUAGAUAGCUUGAAAAGAUACACUAAUUUUCCAUUAUUGACAUUACGUACUUCUGAGUUCCAAAUGUCUCUAUGUAUUAAUACUCUACUUCCAAACUCCACAGCACCAGACUGUUGUCUUUCUUCUCAUUAAAAAGACUUUUUCUUAUGCCUUUAUCUACUGAGACUACAAAAAAAUAUCAGCAGAAACAAAUAAUACAUUAUUCCAAGUCACAAUCAUUUUAUUCAAGAAACUGCUGACCAUAUGUUUUGAGAACUCCUCAAAAUAGGUGUAUCUCAUUAAUAUUGUUAGAUCACCAUGCCUGGGAAUAAGGGAAUGCAAGAAAAGUAGUCUUAUGUUUUCCACUGCAAUUUCUGUUCUGAAAAGAUAUUAGUACCUAAAAGGUGUUAUUACAGCAACAUUUGCAAUUGUAGUAAUGGGAAAUGUGUAUCACAUAAGUUUUUCAGACAUGUUCCAGUAUGAGUUCAUUGAAGAGCUCCAAAGUUCCCUUAAUCAUAUAUGCUUUUACAAAAUGGAAAUCCAUGGAGAGUAAACAGAAAAAUCUAUGCAGAUUAUAUACUUUAUGUGUGAAUAAUAUAUUGUUCCUCUUAAUCUUAGUUAUGCCGAUUAUAUCAAGAUAAUAUAUAUAUAAUUUCUGUGAAUGCAGUGUUUUGCAAUUGUAUCUGUAGUGGGCAAAAGGUCUUUCUCUACAGUUAUUUACCAAUGUCAUUUUUUAAUCUUUUCACAUGUGAGUUAAUAUGUUUCUACAAAAGGAACAUAUAAUGGAAAAGGUUUCUGCAAUUGGUUUUUCACAAACUCAUUUUCCAGUAGCCCAUAAAGUCUUAUUUGCUGGCACAAUAGGAAACUUGCACAUAAUUGCAUCUCUUUUAUCGCACUGUCAUUGUACAUUGUUACAUGUUCACUAUCAUAUUUAUUAAUUGCACAUCAUAAAGAGUUGCUACCUAUGUUACCAAGUAGGAAGCUACUAUUAGUAUCUUUGCUCCAUUAUUUAAAACUUCCUUAUUAUUAGAGUGUAUUAAGUAUCUAAUAUCUUUCUUCUAAAUUACUCUAUUUUUCUUUACAAAACACUGAAAAACAUGUCUUUCAAUAAGAGUCAGUUAUGAAACCAGUGUUUCAGUGCUUCAGUGCUUUUUAUAUCCUUGUUUAAGUUGCCUUCUUACUUUCUGCACUAAACAUUAAUAAAGUUAAUUAGAACUCUGAAA